AUGGCAGGAUCCACGUCAAAGCCAAUCCCAGUAUCAACACUGAAACGGAAACGAAGCCAUGAAAACGAUCAACCAGAGCCUGCCAUACCUCUGCCCUCCGACGCGUCGCACUUGAUCCCUGCUGUCAAAACGCCCACGAGUACUAGCAACCCUGAGCCUAACGCAGGGGAAUCCGGAAGCGCAAAGAAACCAACUAACAAAAAGCCGACCAAAGGGAAGAAGUCUGCUUCUAAUUCUGCCUCGAAAGUGCCAAAGCGAACCCCAUCCGGGCCACUGCCAGAUGCCUUCAAGCGCAUUUCACAUAUCCAUCGGGCCUUGAAUUUGGUGUAUACAUUUUGUUGCACGCGCAAGCAUUUUGCUACCACCUUCGACAACAUAAAGAAGGCAGUACAAUCCCAACUUGGCCAGGGACGGGAACUCACCAUCGAGGAUGUUGCGCGAGUCAAAGUCCUCGUUCCCCAAGCGGUUCGGUUCGAGUAUGUGGAUGAAGCGAAACUUGAAGUAAUGACUUCUGGUGAUCAGGAGAUAGCUCAAUAUGGGUUACACAAACGAUCGAGUCUAGCAACUUCGGCAGACAUGAUUACAGCCGAAGACACCGAUGGCGACUUUCACGGCUCGGACGGCACCAGACAUGUUCUGUUGUUUGAAUUUGUGGACGGUGAUCUAAAGCGAGAGGUACGGCACCCGAAGACGGGGGAGCCUACCAAGCCCACACGUCGCAUGAAAGACGAGGAUUUGAAAAUGCCUGUCUAUAGCCAAAAGCAGAUGCUGGGUCUGAUUGAGAAGCGCAAUAUCAAAUUUUCAGACGCUAUUAAUGCGUUUUUGGUCCAAUGCGAUGAUGACAACACAGACCCUGUUGAGUCUCUUGAAAAAGAGAAGGACGCUUUUCUGCCCACACCUCCAGACAGUGGGACAAAUACGCCUGCGGUUGUAGCCAAGGCGCCGGCAACGAUUCCAAAAGAGCGCAAGUCUAUCGAGGAAAUUAUCGCAGAAAUUCGGGAGAUGCAAUGGUAUCAUGCACAGAUUGUGCCUGAAGGCCAUCGAGUGUUCGAGGCCCAGUCUCCUGUCUUCGGAGAUCUGACAUUCCAGCUUUCGCAAGACUUAGUCAACGCUCUUUAUAACACAAAAGGCAUUACGCAGCUAUAUUCACACCAAGCAGAGGCAAUCAAUCACUUGUACGAGGGUCACAAUGUGAUUGUAUCGACCUCGACGAGCUCCGGAAAAUCCCUCAUAUAUCAAGUUCCCAUGCUUCACGAGCUAGAAAAGGACCCUGAAAGCCGAGGGAUGUACAUCUUUCCUACCAAAGCACUCGCACAAGACCAGCGACGAAGCAUGGUGGAACUCCUACAGUAUAUAAACAGGUUACAGCAUACCAUGGUCGAAACAUUCGAUGGAGAUACGCCCAUGGGGAGUCGGAACAUGAUCCGUGAUGAGGCGCGGAUCAUUUUCACCAAUCCUGACAUGCUGCACAUCACGAUAUUGCCACAGGAAAGUGCCUGGCGGAGUUUCCUGAAGAAUCUGAAGUUCGUCGUUGUCGAUGAGCUCCACGUUUACAAUGGAUUAUUUGGAUCCCAUGUCGCUUUCAUUAUGCGGCGGCUUCGCAGGGUCUGUGCUGCUGUGGGUAAUCACCAUGUUAAGUUUAUAUCUUGCUCUGCUACCGUUGCAAACCCUGAGGACCACAUGAAGUCUGUCUUUGGGGUGCAGGAUGUGAAAUUAGUGGACUUCGACGGUUCUCCUUCUGGUCGCAAGGAGUUUGUUUGCUGGAACACCCCAUUUAAGGACCCUACUGAUCCUACAUCUGGACGCGGUGAUACCGUGUCUGAGACGGCAAGGCUCUUUUGCCAGCUGAUUCUCAGAGGCGUGAGAGUAAUUGCUUUUUGUCGCAUCAGACAGCUCUGCGAGGUUCUCUUAAAGGCUGUUCGAGCCGAGUUCGAUAGUCUCGAGCGCACAGAGGUGGGCAAACUGGUGAUGGGCUACCGAGGAGGGUACAGCCCUCAAGAUCGCCGCCAAAUUGAGAAGGAAAUGUUCGAGGGAAGACUCAUGGGAAUCGUGGCAACCAGCGCUCUGGAAUUGGGUGUUGAUAUUGGAUCACUGGAUGCUGUCAUCACCAUGGGAUUCCCCUACUCAAUCUCCAACCUGCGUCAGCAAAGCGGCCGAGCCGGACGACGCAACAAGGAUUCACUCUCAGUGCUGGUCGGGGACCGGUACCCGACUGACCAGCACUACAUGCAAAACCCAGACGAGAUCUUCACACGGCCAAACUGCGAACUGCAAAUCGACCUAGCCAACGAACUCAUCCUCGAAGGCCACGUUCAAUGCGCAGCCUUCGAGAUGCCCAUCCGCCCAGAAGAAGACAGCGUCUACUUCGGUCACCAACUCCUCGCCCUCGCCCCGACCCGCCUUAUAAAAGACUCCAUGGGCUUCUACCACUGCAACGAGCGCUUCCGCCCUCAGCCCUCGCGUUGCGUCUCAAUCCGCGACACGGAAGACCAGCAUUUCGCAGUAAUAGACACAACCAACAACCGCAACAUCGUCCUAGAAGAAGUCGAAGCCUCCCGCGCCUUCUUCACAAUCUACGAAGGGGGAAUCUUCCUCCACCAAGGCCAAACCUACCUGGUCAAAGAACUAAACCCAGACAGCCGUUUCGCACGCGUAGUCCGCGUACACGUCGAUUGGAGCACAACACAACGAGACUUCACAGACAUCGACCCAAUAGAAACAGAAUCAAUGCGCGCCGUCGACACAGACCCAUCCGCCUCCCGUGCAUUCUUCGGCGCAAUCCAAAUCCACGCCGUCGUCUACGGCUUUUUCAAAAUCGACAAGCGAGGCCGUGUCCUCGAUGCCGUGGCUGUCGAUAACCCGCCGAUCGACCUCCUCACAAAGGGCAUGUGGCUCGAUGUCCCAACACGUGCAAUUGAUAUCCUUCAAUCCCACAGAUUGAACGUCGCAGCAGCAAUCCACGCAGCAGAACACGCUGUCCUCUCCCUCCUCCCCUCCUUCGUCGUUUCGUCGCCCGGCGACGUCCGCACCGAAUGCAAAGUCGCAAAGAAGGAACUUGGUCGGCCACUUCGCCGCGCGAAUGUACCCGAUGAAUUUGAAAAGAAGCUACAGCCGCCUUCGCGGCAGCGGCCCGCUCGUCUUACAUUCUAUGAUGCUAAGGGUGGAUCAUGUGGAUCUGGCAUUGCGAGUAAGGCAUUUGAGUUUAUUGGGUUACUUCUUCGGCGGGCGGUUGCGCGGAUCGAGGCUUGUUCUUGUCUUUCGCCGCAGGGGUGUGUGGAAUGUGUUUGUGAUGAGAGGUGUAAGGAGAUGAAUGUUGUUAUGAGUAAGGCUGGGGCUGGGGUCGUUUUGAGGUGUUUGCUUGGGUGGGAGGUUGAUGUUGAUGCUUUGCCUUGGGGGGAGGAUUUUGAUGGGGAGGAGUUUGGUGCUGGGGGUUCUGGGGAGUUGGCUGGUGGGUUGGAGACUGUUGUUAGGGCUGAAGAGGUGCCGUGGAAGGUCGGGUGUCGUGCUGGAGAGAGUUAA